AGCUGAUAGAAAUUUGUAAACAGGUAAACACAGUACGAAUUUACAGCGUUACAUUAACAAACCACAAAAAACAUGACACCGUCGCCGCCACCCGCAAAUCAGCCGCUACAGCCACCACCACCAAUGGGUCAAAACAUUGCACCCACCGGAGCCUUUCCAGGCUCCCUCACGCCCGGCUGGAACGAUCCGCCGCCAAUUCACACAGACGGUGCCAACAAUUCCAGCAAUAGACGACCCCGACUUGACCUGAGAAAACGCGUUGCCUAUCCAAUGAAUGGCAGUGAAAACAAUGUGCAACCACCGCCACAGCCGCCGUUUUGAUGUGGGAGGAAGACAGUGACAGGGGAGGAUCAAAAGUAACCACACAUUGCAUCUGGUUUCUAGACAUUUAUUUAAGCAACAACAAAUAUAUACAUAUGUAAAUUGAA